AAGGAUUGGGUUUAGUUUCCCGCGUGUGACUGUUGCUGUAUGAAGUCUUACAGUGCGACAGGUUUUUGUAAAUGUUUGAACAGAUACAGUAAUAUAAUAGAGUGAUAGACUGCAGAUGUAAGUUGGUUACAGCAAUGUUAUAAAUAAGUUGUAUGGGUGUUAUAAUUAUAUGUUUUAGUAUAAGUUUUAGUGUUGUAUGUUAAUGUACAUGUACAAUUGUAUUUGAUGAACCAUAUAGAUGUGUUAAACCAAGAUGCAAGUGUUUCUGUUCCAUACAAACUGUAUGGAGUUGGCUUUAGAAAACAGUUUACCGUAAUUGUUGCGCAUAAGGGUUUUACAAUUUAUCAUGGUACUGUUUUAGAAGAAGAUGCAUUAGAUGUACACCUAUAUGCGUUAUGCAACUUAUUCAGGUCAAAAAAUACGUUAGUUUGAUGUUUUUUCAAUGUAUGGUAGGUUGGGGUGGGAUGGUUUAUGUUUUCAUUCUCCUUUCCCCUUCCAUUUGGUAAUAAACAACGAUGGUAUUCAUUGUGCUGUGUGGGCUUUACAUUAAAAAAAGUUAACGUAAAAAAACACAAAAUAUUUAAAGAAUUAUAUAACCGUAGCCCGUGACCCUAAGACAGCAUUGUUAAUUGCUCAAAAACACGAUUAGGAAAUAUGGGUUUUUGGUGCUGACGGUGUUCCAUCUUACCCCACAAGUAGAUGGGGGUAUAAGAUGGAACACGUUUCUUAUGCGUUUCUGACAUUAAAGUCAACCAUACUUAUUUUUUAAGCGUUGAAGAUUGAUAAAUAUGACAUAUUUGUUCUAGAUUUAAUGAACACUUGCGUUAAGACGAAAUGUUGAUUCUGGAAUUUCGAUCAAUGGAAUAUUGAAGUGUUGACAGCAUCAUAAAGACUAUUAUGACGUUGCUAUCACCCCAUAGAGCGUUUAUGGACUAUCCCAAUUCCAAUCAGGACUUGCCCCUCAAUCAGUGUGAAAAUUUAGAGGAAGUUUUUGACGAAAUAACCAGCGAAUUAUCUCAGAUCGAGUGGUCCGGCAUUGCCAGCAAUUUACGUAUCAACCCAGAUAAACUUCACUUGGUGUCGCUGUCGAGUGGAUGCGACCUCCAGCGGCAGAAAACAUUGGGACUUCUAUGUUGGGUGGAGGAUGAGCGCUCUGGCGCCACCUUUGAACGACUUGUAUCAGCCUUGAACCAAGUUGAUGCCAAAUCUUUGUCAGGUGACGUCAAAGCCUUCUCACGUCUACUGCGCAUGCGCAAGGCUUCUGCGCAACGCAAGUUAGAAGCUACCCAAUACUACCCUCUACCUAUCAGCCCUCACAAGAACCUUCCUAAAUCCGCCAACGGUCAAUGGAAGUUUGCGGAACUCCCUCAUUUCAUCCUCGGCUCUUCUUCUUCUGCUUUCUUCCCAUCCAGAUCCGUUCCUACAAAUCCAACUUUUGACUUGACGUCAUCGGUUUCAAUACAUGGAGCUCGGGUGAAUCUCCUGGAAAGGAAUCGAUGGCAAAUUAAAACUGCAAAGAAAAAUUCAAGGCCCGCCACUAUAUCGGGGAAGACGACCCAACCACGCAGGAGAGCGCUGGGUGUUCACAAGAGGAUAGGUCAUGUUCGUAUCCACACGUCAAUCAAAACAGCGGUCCCUCUCACUAACACACCACGUGACUGCCACCCGGAAAUGAUGCAAGAAAUCAUCGCGAACAAACUUUUCAACUAUUUACUAAAUGAGACCGGGUCUCGUGAAAUUCUUUCCAUGGUUUCAACCCUGGAGUCCAUCAACGGUUUGGUGGUAAAACGGAUGACACGAGGUUCAAUCAACAUAGAAACUUACAUUCACAAAACAACUGCACUUAAGGCAUUAUGGGGGCAUUUCGAAUCAGGACAAUUGAACGAGAUGCUUCAAGAAAGAUUAAUAUCCGAGAACUCACUUAAGAUGGCGUCGGCGUUUGACAUUUCGUUGGAAACGAGCAUCGAUCGUGCCGAACUAGAAUCUUGUCUUCAGCAGCUUCAGGGUUCGAAUAGAAAGUCCACGGCCUUUAAUUCAAGCGACCGACGAGCUACUGCUAGUUACUAUAGAGGAAGUUCCCCACCCAGAAACAAAGUUUCAUUUUCGAAUUACCGGGUUCCAUACAGUGGGUUGCAGUCAAGUUCAAAACUCAGAGCGGCUUCCGUUCCCCACAGUCGCUCCAUCAAUGUGGAGUUGGCUCCCAGUAUCCGCACAGUAAAGCCCGAGCCACGUUCAUCCGAUUGGCGGGCUGACAAGGCGAGACCUCCCGCAAAAGGCGACAAACUUCCCGGGGUCGUUUUCGCCGAAGAUUCGCUAGUUCCACCACCUGAAACAGCGAAAGAAGAUGUGCGGACAACCGGAAAUGACGAAGAAGUUCAUUCAGCCCCGCCCCCGUCACCUGACCUUGAAGAACCCGGAGAUGCUCCGACGGAAAUGAAAAGAAGCGAGGAGGAAGAAGAAGAGAUUCGACUCGCGCUGGAAGAUCUUCAUAAACGAACACAUGAAGCUGACAACAAUUACAGACAAUUCAAUGAAGUUGCACUUCGUCGGUUCGUUGACUCGCUCAAAAAUUCCCCCAAUAUGGGAAUUAAGAAAAUAGGUCACGUGGGAGACCUACGUAAAUACGCGACUAUAUUACGUAAGAAUGACGCAGCAGAAAUAGCACAACUCGUCGAAGAAUUCGUCAACGUCACCGAAUCACUAGACCGUAUCCACCGUGACGUCACUUCUAAAAUAUGGCUUCGUGUCGCUGACGUUUCGACGGCGUCCGCCAAGUCACGUGACUCAACGGGCAGCCACAGGAGGUCCCCCAUGAGGAACCAAGUGUCGCAAUCGAUUGAGAUUUGGCGUCAGAUGUUGGACCCCCAAUUUCGCUUCACUGAACUGAAGACAGACUUCUCGGAUGAUCUGAAAAAGAUGUUUGACCCGGAAGAGCUGGAGGAAUAUGGAGGACUUCUAUCACAUGUUCCUGCUCUUCUUACGGCGGCGAAGACUUGUCACCAUCUCCUGUCUCACUAUACCAACGCUCCUUGAUAUUUUUACAAGAAUAUAAACUAUUUUCACAACGAUUAAAACUACCUUCACAGCGAUUCAACUGUCUUCACAACGAUUCAAAUUAUCUUUAUAACGAUUUAAACUAUCUUCAUAACGAUUCAAAACUGGUUCAAAUCUUGGUCGUUAAAGAUUAGCAGAGAAUCGGCAAACUAAAAAGCAAUAACUCCGCAGCAACAAUGAAAAUACGUUUUUUUUAACUUUACAUUGCAUAGUGCAACCACAGCACAUCAAAUCUAUUUUAAGUUCCAGGUACCUUCCUAGUAUUCGAACCCAAGUCACCAACGAUCUAAACGUUGAUCACUUGAAUAUAUAUGUAUUUUUUAUGUAGUUCUUGGUAUUUAUUGAGUUCAAAUGUUAAGGUACCGCAAUGUGCCGUUGUUUAUUUAUAAUUAUAAUUUGUAGCAACUGUGACGUCAAAUUUUACAAUUUUGUAAACCAUGUUAACACAUUAUUUCAUGUUUUCUUUUUCUUAUUUUUCCUCAUAAUUUGUACAGAGCGUUUCGCGUUCAUAGUGUUUGGUAGUUACCGUUGUUGCACAACUAUCACUGUGUUACGUCAUAGCCAUCAUUGUGCCAUAAUAAUUUUGUGUGAACAUGUAAUAAAGAGCGCGACGAUCGAU